AUGGAUCGGAUCAGAGUGGAGAGCAGCGUUGUGACAACCCGGCUUGUGCAACAUCUCAACGUGGGGUGUGUGAUUGCGGUGCCCUUUCUUUACGACAGCAGCGACUCCGUGAUCUUUGCAUUCAUGUUGUUGGCCAACUGCUUCCUGUACGCCCUGCACUGGUCGGUUGCCACUGGACGAUUUCGCCCAUCAAUCGCAGGUCUCAGAGGUGUCUGGGUAUUAAACUACUCGCUUCUGGUUGUUGGUCAUUGGGUUGGUCCACAGUCGCACGAUGUCCACUCCUCGGCCCAUAUUAAAAUUCUGGAGGCUGCGCAGAUAGUCGGAAUCCUCGUUUUUGUGGACAGGCAGACCCACAUGGAUGGUCAACUAUUGUUGGCGCUCACGGAGGUGUGUCGUCACAUCGUGAACCGUGGUUGGGAGCGAACGGAAUUGUUUGCAACCAUCCAUGCCCAGGUUGUAUUCUCAGGGCUACUCAUUAUUGCUGCCAUCGUGUUUGAGAUUACUCUCCGCGGACGCGUCGCCGCGCAAUUUCAACGUGCAGAUGCUGAGACUUUGGUUUCCAGCUUCCGCACGCUGCUGCGAGGCAUUUGCGAUGCGGAGCUGCUGCUGAAUGACAGGCUUAAGAUUGAAGCGGGCACGGGUUUGAGUCGCAUUCUGCUGUCAGAGGAUGAGUGGGAAGGUGCCACGUUUCAGGACUUGUUGUCCGAAGACAGUGAGGAGCAGCAGCGUUUCCAAAAAUUCAUCUCAAAAGAAGAUGAUGAUCAGCAGACGGCUCCUGCAACUGCGCCGUGCCUCCGCGUGUCGUUUCGCACUGCGCAGCAGCAAAGGGUUGGUGUGGACCUGUACCACGUGCAAGUGCCGCACUUGUAUGGCUGCGCGGAUGCCUACCAUCUGCUUGCCCUGAAGAUAGAUCCGGAAACUAUUGUGCCAGAGGCAGUGCCAGCGCAGAUUCCUUCUGUCACCUUGGGGACUAUGAAUUCCACCGGCCGCCGUCCUCGCUCACGCGCAUCCUCCAUGGCAUCAAGCGCGGUCGAAGGAUCAAUGGUUCGUGGCUUGCCACACUUGAGUGAGCUCAUGCUCGUGGUGGAUGCAGAGCAACGUCACGAAGUAGUGCAAGUGCACGUGCAGUACAAGGAAAACCAACGACAAGAAGCCGGCAGGGAGGGCAACGCGAGAGAGGUCGACGCUCUGCCCACCUUGCGGCAGUUCGUGCGACCCACGGAGUGGCAGACAGUCUGCUCGCACGUUCGGCAGGUCGUCAACGGAGGGAAGUCGGGGAACACGGAGAAGUUCCGCUUGGGCAAGGUGUGGGUCAGGAUGAUGGACGAUCCUCGCAAGUACAUGCAGGCCCGCGAGUCCACACUGCACUUUAAGGACAGCGGAGCCGCAGGACAGGUUUGGAUGCAUCUGAGAUGUUUCCGGAGCCAUGAAGAGAGAAGCGGGAGAAGCGCGAGAAGUGCGAGAAGCGUCGGUCGAAGUGAGCUCGGUGACGUCGAGGAGCAUCCUGAAGAAGCUUGA